ACGGCGCGGCGCGGCCUGGUUGUUCGGAGCCCGGAUCGGGGGCGCUGAACCCCCCAAAGUGGGGGACUCUGAGCCCCAAACCCGGGGAACCGCUCCCGACCCUGCUCCUCCAUCCCCCCGGAGAGGAGACAAGGAGCCCAGGCCGCCCGGCCAUGGCUGAGCAAGGGGACGCCCUUUGUGGGGCGCCCGAGGAGCCGUGCCCGGGAGCGACCCUCAGUGACAGCCUCAUCAUCGCCCGCGCACGCUCCACGGGGCCGCUGCCCACCGGCACCAUCCGCCUGGACCGGGAGAACAUCUGCUGCAUCGGGAAAACCCGGGGGCAGGACGGGAUCCACAGCCUCUACCUGCAGCAGAACCACAUUGAGAAGAUGGAGAACCUGGAGUGUUUUCCCAACCUGAGGUUCCUGUGCCUGGCUGGGAACCGCAUCCAGAGGGUGCAGAACCUGCGGGGGCUGCCCCGGCUCAGCCUCCUGGACCUGUCCUGCAACCUGAUCCAGGUGCUGCACGCAGAGGAGCUGCCCCGCAGCCUCCGGAUCCUGGACCUGGCAGGGAACCCGUGCACCCAGCAGGAGGGAUACAGGGCCGGGGUGCUGGCGGCGCUGCCCCAGCUCCUGCAGCUGGAUUCCCAGCCCGUCCAGGGAAGCGCGGCCGAGGAGGCGGCGGGAGGAGGCUCCUGCAGCAGCGAGGAUGAGGAGGAUGAGGAGGAGGAGCUGCUCCCGGCGCUCAGGGCUCCCUUCACGGCGGACAGAGAUUUCCUCGGGGCCGUGCGCCGGGAGCUGGCGGCGCGGGCGCGGCUGAGGCGGACCCUGAGCCUGGAGGAGCACCGGGCCCGCCUGGAGGAGCUGCGGAGCGCCGGGCGCUGCUGCUGGGCCCGGGGCAGCGCGGCCCGGCCCGGCCGUGUCCACAGCGGCGCCCAGGGGCACCGGCGGCACCUCCGCCGGCACCCGGCGGGCCCAGCCAGCCCCCGGGCGAGGCUCUGCAGGAGGAGACCCGUGCCAGAGGAGCAGGAAAUGGGCAGUUAUCCCAAAUACCCUGCGGCAGCAGCCAGCAAUAAAGGCUUUAUUCCCACCCCAGUCCAGCCUGGUGCCCCCUGA